CGGUCCGGUCACAUGAGCCGCGUUCAUGUGACCGUUCACGUGUUUUCCAGUCACCAUAAAGGAGGGGGCUGCCGCUCAGGGUGAGUCCGGCUCUGUCUGCGGGACCUGCUGCCGAUCAACACGCCGAGUCCACCCGACCGAUCACUAACCCACCGCAGCCAAAAUGUGGCGUGCAGCGCUCUCGCUAUUGGCUGCCAGCUUGGCGUUGAGCCUGGCCAGGCCUCAGCUCCGGCCUCUGUCCAGUGAAAUGAUCGACCACAUCAACAAGCUGAACACAACCUGGAAGGCUGGUCACAAUUUCAAAAACGCUGACUACAGCUAUGUCAAAAAGCUCUGCGGGACAUGGCUGAAGGGACCAAAACUGCCUAUCAUGGUUCAGUACGCUGGAAACGUUAAGCUCCCUGAUGAGUUUGACCCCAGAGACCAGUGGCCCAACUGCCCCACACUGAAGGAGAUCAGAGAUCAGGGCUCCUGUGGCUCCUGCUGGGCUUUCGGUGCCACAGAGGCCAUGUCUGACCGUAUAUGUAUCCACAGUAACGGUAAGGUCAGUGUGGACAUCUCUGCCCAGGAUCUGCUGACCUGCUGUGACGAGUGUGGCAUGGGCUGUAAUGGCGGAUACCCGACAGCUGCCUGGGACUUCUGGACCAAGGAGGGCCUUGUCUCUGGAGGCCUGUAUGACUCCCAUAUUGGCUGCCGGCCCUACACCAUCGCCCCCUGUGAGCACCAUGUGAACGGCAGCAGGCCUCCGUGCACUGGGGAAGGCGGCGACACACCGGAGUGUGUCCAUUCAUGCGAGUCUGGUUACACCCCAGGCUACACAGCCGACAAGCACUACGGUAAAACAGCUUACAACGUUCUGUCCGAGGAGAGGGAAAUUCAGCUUGAGCUCUACAAGAACGGCCCAGCAGAAGGAGCGUUUACAGUCUACGAGGACUUUUUGCUCUAUAAGAGCGGCGUUUACCAGCACGUUUCUGGCUCCGCUCUGGGUGGACAUGCCAUCAAGGUAAUGGGCUGGGGCGUGGAGGACGGCGUCCCCUACUGGCUCUGCGCCAACUCCUGGAACACUGACUGGGGUGAUAAUGGAUUCUUUAAAAUCCUCCGUGGAUCGGAUCACUGCGGCAUCGAGUCUGAGAUUGUAGCAGGGAUUCCCAAGUAAAACCUGAGGCUUGAGCUGCAGCGUCACAUCGACAGUAGAGGGCGACACACUCCUCUUUCUUGAAACAGAACAACAUUGACAACAUUUAAAUCCCACUCUUACUGCUUCUAUUUGUUGUUGAAGCUCACUGAUCACUUUGCACAAAUGUCAUAAGGUUUUCUGUUCGUAUGAAAACAUCACACAGCCUUCACUUGGUAGAGCCUCACCUGCAGAUGGGAAACGACAGCAACAACGUGCCUGUAAACGAAACCUCACUGAUAAUCUGGUAGAUUCUAUGUAAACCGUUGCUGAUCUUCCUUUUUUUUUUCAUUUCGAACAUUGUUUUUAUUAGAGUUGUACAGGAAGAAAACACGUAAUAAAAUGCACUUUCAUUUUAUUUUACCUGACUUGUUCUUAAGCAGAUUUUUAGAUAAGUGAUCAGAUUUGGCCCCACACCACUUUUGUUUGCCCCUGUGGAAAUAGUGUGGAAUCUCAGAGUAAUGCAAAUAUAAAUGUCCGCCUAACUGACUGAGUAAGGUCUGUGUGAAUGUUUCCAGCUUGUGGUGAUUUCAGCUUUCAUAUUGAUUUUUUUAGGGUUUUUAUUUUAGAUGUAGUAAAACAUCAGAUGAUGCAUUUGUCAGUAUUUGAAACAGAGUGUUUUGUCUGCCUAUAUUUGCCCUUUUUUGGCAAGAAUCUGUUCUGUUUUGAAAUAAACUGAUGAAUUGUUCCCUAUUAUGGGAUCUCAUUCAA